UUUUCCUGCGUAUACACGCAUUAAUAGUAUCAGUGAAAAUAACAAAUAUGAAUUUAUACAAUUCUACCGUUUGCAUAGACAAAAAAAUCAACCUGAGUGGCUCACCAGAUAGUGUUCUAUAUAAAUUUUAGCAGAAAGUGCUUUGUUAUCGUGCUUUGUAUUAUACAAUUUCUAAAAAAUUAGUGUCCAUAAUGGAAAAAGAAAAUAUCAAUGGUGUUGAAAUAAUGUGCAAUACUAAACAAGAAUUUCAUUUCAAAGUUCCCCCUGAAGCACCAGUGUUUGAGCCUACAGAAGAAGAGUUUUUAAAUCCACUCGCGUAUAUCAACAAAAUUCGCCCGAUCGCCGAAAAAACUGGGAUAUGUAAAAUCAAGCCCCCAGCUGCUUGGCAACCACCCUUUGCCGUAGAUGUUGACAAAUUGCGAUUUACUCCAAGGAUACAAAGAUUAAAUGAAUUAGAGGCGAAAACUCGAGUGAAAUUAAAUUUUCUUGACCAAAUUGCAAAAUUCUGGGAAUUACAAGGAUCAUCGUUGAAAAUACCCAUGGUAGAACGGAAAGCACUUGAUUUGUAUUCACUGCAUCGAAUAGUAAAAGAUGAAGGUGGUUCUGAAGUCUGCACAAGGGAUAGGAAGUGGGCAAAGGUGGCAACGCGUAUGGAUCAUCAAUCAUCUUUAGGAACUACAUUGAAAAAUCAUUACGAACGAUUGUUAUAUCCUUUUGAUAUAUUCAAACUUGGAAAAUCAAGCACUAAAACAGAAGUCGACGAUCGUUCUAUCGAAGACGUCCAAAAGGACAAAGCAUACUUACCCCAUGGCAUUAUAUCAAGGCAAGAAGUUUCAAUUAGUAGUGAAACAAAUGCAAGGAGGUCUAAACGUUUUGCUGGAGGAAACCAGUGUUCAAAUAUUUCAGUACCAAAAACACAACCAGAUGAUGUUACCAAAACAACGCUGAAUAAGGUCACUACGGAAGAAAAUGUCAAUACACCUACAAAAGUUAAAGUGGAACCAGUUUCCGAAAACAAUGCUCGUCGAUCGAAAAGGCUUUGUGUGAAAAAUGAGAAAGAUGAUGACACUAUUCAAGUGAAGAUUGAAGUUGAUGACGACGAUCCUAAAGAAAUUAGAAGAACGUCUACAGGAGAUAUAAAAAAUGAAGAUGUUUGCGAAAUGAAACGAUUGCAGUUUUAUGGACCAGGCCCAAAAAUGUCUUGUUCGUUAGCAUCAGGCAGGAACAGUGCUUACGAAAAACGGCGAUCGAAAAAAUUAGUUAUGGAACCGGAUCCGUUAGCAAAAUAUAUUUGUCAUAAUUGCACUCGUGGUGACGCUGAAGAAUCUAUGUUGCUUUGUGAUGGCUGUGAUGAUAGCUAUCAUACAUUUUGCCUAAUGCCACCUUUAUUGGAUAUACCAAAAGGAGAUUGGAGAUGCCCUGCAUGUGUUGCAAAAGAAGUUAGCAAACCUGUCGAGGCAUUUGGUUUUGAGCAAGCUCAGCGUGAAUAUUCCUUACAACAAUUUGGAGACAUGGCAGAUAAAUUUAAGUCAACUUACUUUAAUAUGCCAGUUCAUAUGGUGCCAACUGAAGUGGUUGAGCGUGAGUUUUGGAGAAUUGUUUCUUCUAUAGAUGAAGAUGUAACAGUGGAAUAUGGUGCUGAUUUGCAUACUAUGGAUCAUGGCUCAGGAUUUCCUACAUCAACAGCAUCAAAUUUGCUACAAACUGAUGAGGAAUAUGUAAAAUGUGGAUGGAACCUCAAUAAUUUGCCUGUUCUAGAGGGAUCUGUGUUAGGCCACAUAAAUGCUGAUAUUUCAGGAAUGAAGGUUCCAUGGAUGUACGUUGGAAUGUGUUUUGCUACAUUUUGUUGGCAUAAUGAGGAUCAUUGGAGUUAUUCUAUAAACUAUCUGCAUUGGGGAGAACCUAAAACAUGGUACGGUGUUCCUGGUGGUGCAGCUGAAGCAUUUGAAACAACAAUGAAAGCAGCUGCACCAGAACUGUUUCAAUCGCAACCUGAUUUACUUCAUCAAUUAGUCACGAUAAUGAAUCCAAAUAUCCUUAUGAAUGAAGGUGUUCCUGUAUAUAGAACUGAUCAAUGUGCAGGGGAAUUUGUAAUAACAUUCCCAAGAGCGUAUCACGCUGGUUUCAAUCAAGGAUAUAACUUUGCUGAAGCUGUAAACUUUGCUCCUGCUGAUUGGCUAAAAAUUGGUCGAGAAUGUGUUCUUCAUUAUUCAAAGUUAAGAAGGUUUUGCGUGUUUUCACAUGAUGAAUUGGUAUGCAAAAUGUCUGUUGUGCCUCAUAUGCUUGAUCAUACAGUUGCUGUUGCCACUCAUGAAGAUAUGGUUCACAUGGUUGAGAUAGAAAAGAAAUUAAGAAAAGGACUUUUAGAAUGGGGUGUGACUAAAGCUGAAAGAGAAGCCUUUGAAUUCCUGCCUGAUGAUGAAAGGCAGUGUGAUUUUUGUAAAACAACAUGCUUUCUCUCUGCAGUUACGUGUGAAUGUAGUUCUACUUUAGUUUGUUUAAGACAUUAUGAAUGUUUAUGUAAAUGCCCACCUGAAAGACAUACACUACGUUAUCGUUAUACAUUAGAUGAACUUCCAACUAUGUUGACUAAAGUUGGAGAAAAAGCAAAAGUAUAUGAAACUUGGGUUAAAACUGUAACAACUGCUUUAGAUCAGACAGAUCAAACAAAUAAAAAACAAUAUAUGGAUUUAAAAUUAUUGCUAGAUGAAGCCAAACAGAAGAAAUUUCCUAUUAAUGUAUAUUAUGAAAAUUUAAGAAUGGUUUUGGCAGCAGCUGAUGCUUGUCUUAGUGUAAUAGAACAUUUAGAACUGAACAAAAUGAGAACACGCACCCGUACAAAUGUUAAAUAUAAACUAUCGCUUCAAGAGCUUACACUAUUUUGUGAUGAAAUAAAUUCUUUGCCUUGUACAUUAAAAGAAACAAGCAUGCUAAAAGAGUUGGAAUCUCAAGCCUUGAUAUUUGUAAAGCAAGCUAAAAGUUUAUUAGGUUUAAAAUUGAAAGAUGUUAAUAUUGAGGAAUUAGAAGCCUGCAUUGAGGCUGGCAACAUGCUUACAAUUGAAUUAACAGAUUUAAGGCCACUGAGGGCAAGAAGAGAUCAAAUUAAGUGGUUAAAUAAGUUGCAUGAUUUUGGGAAAGGUACAAUGGAUUUGGAUACCCUGAAAAGCAUGUUAGCUGAAGGUAUUGCCUUAGUUCCUGACUCAGUUGUAGAAAAGGAACUUGCCCUACUACAAGAAACUUUAAAUUCGGCUGAAGAAUUUGAAGCAAAAAUUGAAGAGUUGAAGAAAAAGAACAAAGAGCAGCCUUUAAAAGUUCUAGAAGACUUGCUAUAUGAUGCUGAAGAAAUUGAUGUAAUUUUGCCCUCAGAAAAUGAUUUAAGGGAGUUAGUCAAACAAGCUAAGGAUUGGAAUGCAGAAUUGAUCAAGUUGAAACAAAGCGACAAUUUUCCUUAUCUUCAUACUUUAGAAGAGCUACUUAGUAAAGCUCAUAAAAUACCUGUAGUAUUAAAAGAAGUUGAAGAUCUUGAAAAAAGAGUCGAAGCAGGUUCGGAUUGGAAGGAUGUUACUGCACAUGCUUUUUUAAGAAAGAAGUCACGCAUCUGUUUAUUAGAAGCAUUAUCACCUCGAAAUGGACUGUUUGGAGGUAAAAAAAUGACUUUAGAAAAUAUUAAAACAUUUUUCAUGGAUAUCAGAAGUCCAGCAGAAAUAGUAGCAAUAUAUAAAGAAGCUGAAGAAAAGGAACUUGAGGAAAUGAGAAAUUUAAGGAAAGCUAAUUUGGUUAAAAAUGCUACGGAUGACAAAUUAUGCCUUUGCCAAAAGCCAAAAUUGGGUUAUAUGUUGCAGUGUGAACUCUGUAAAGGCCUUUAUCACAUAAAUUGUAUUCCAAAGAGUCAAGUUGGACAAAAAACCACAAAUUCCAUAAUGAAGCCUGCCAAUUCAAAUCCUUACAGAGAUGUCAAAUUUUUAUGUCCGCUAUGUCAGAGAACACGGAGGCCUAGGUUAGAAACAAUUUUAUCACUUUUAUUAAAAUUGCAACCACAAUCUUUAAGAUUGCCAGAAGGGGAAGCCUUACAAUGCCUUACUGAAAGAGCCAUGAAUUGGCAAGAUAGAGCACGACAGUUCUUAGGUACAGAAGAAAUUUCUUCUGCUUUAUCAAAAUUGUGUGUAAUGUCGCAAAAAUUAAACGAGGUUGUAACAUGUGAAUCACCUGACAAAAAAAAUAUUAGUAUAGAUUUAAAAAAAACAAAAAGAAAGCGUAAAACAUCCAAACAUUCUCAAGGAGAAGAUGACUAUGAAUCAAAUAACAGUUCUGAAGAUGAUAACUUUGACGCUGAAGAUGAAAACUCUGAACAUACAUAUUCUGCAUCACCAAAGAAAGAAAGUAUUAAGCCAUGGUCAGGCAGCAUUAUGGAUGUUUCAAUAGUCAUUAGGUUGAGCGAGACUGCAACAGAGCAACUCGAAGAAUUAAUGAUGGAAGGGGAUUUGUUAGAAUUAUCAUUGGAUGAAACACAUCAUAUUUGGAGAAUUUUAAAUGCUACAAAAAGGCCUCAUAUGCGAAACUCAUUGGAGUGUUAUAGUAAUAAGGAAAAGCUGCUACGAUAUCAAUUCGGUUUGAUACAAAUUCAAUCAAAUAAGCUGUUAAUGAAAAAGCGUGCAUCUUUGAAGAGAAAAUCUGAUGAACAUUCUGUGCAUUCCAAAAUGCCUAAAAUUGCUAAACUUUCACCUGAUUUGAAGAAGAGAACACUAAAAGGAAAGGAAUUAGGGCUAAAGACUAACAAUGGUGUGACUGUAAGAAAGCGACGCUCAGACAGUGGAGUUCCUCGGAAAAAGGGUCGACGACCAAAGAAACAAAAUUCACUAGAUGAUGAUGAUGAAUGUGCUGAAAGCAAGUGUUUGCAUCCAAAUGGUUCAGAAGUAGAUUGGGUUCAGUGUGAUGGAGGAUGUGACAAGUGGUUCCAUAUGUUGUGUGUUGGCAUUGACAAGAACUCCAUUAAUACAGAUGAGGAUUAUUAUUGUAAAGUAUGCAAACUGAAUUCACCUGUACCUGAUCAUGCCAAUCAAAAUAAUGAGCCAGGCAAUAGUGCUUCUUCGAAAGUUUCAUCAAAACCUUCAAGUCCAUCAAAAGCUUCAAAAAGCAGUAAAAUGGAUGAGACAUUACCGCAAGAAAAUGUUAGUGACUCCAAGGAACAAAUAGGUAAUAAAAUCCAAAUUGGAGGUAUUCAGGAGAAAGAUAAUUCUGCUACCUUAACAGAUACAGAUGUAGAUUCUGUGAAAUCAAAUAUUAUUGAGAAAAACUGUUCAACAGAAGAGAAAAUGCUUCUUAGUGAUGAUAAGGCACUGUCUGAUGAAACAAAUUUAGAUACAGUUACACAUAGUGAAAAAGAAAUCCAUUCUAGUACAAUAACAUCCAAUGUUGAGCAAAGUGACAUUAAAACUAAAGCUUCCAAAGAAACUGAAAAGUCAACUUUGAAAGAGGAGUGCAAUAAUGUGUCUAUGAAGGAAGUGGAUAAUGACACACGGCCGCAGAAGAAAAUUUCUGCAGAAUGUGCUUUGCCAGAAUUAGGAAAUAAAGUGGAAUGUUCGGUUAAUAUCACAAGUACACUAAAUGGGAAUGUUAAUGGUACUGGUUUAUUAGAAUCUGAGAAGCAAGCAGUUUUUUAAGAACAUGUUAUUGACUUUGAGUUUAAAUAUUAUUUUGUGAAACUAAGUUUUCUUUUUUUUCGCUUAAAAUAUGUACAUUUUUGUGUAAUUAUGCUAAGAAUGUAUGUAUUUCUUACAUAUAAAAUUCAAUUACUUCCUUUUAUCAAAAAUAUAUUACUUAAUUUAAAAAGGACUGUAUGAGAUCAGUAUUUA